GUAGAGAGAAGGAAAAAUAGAGGGAAGGAACAUGUGAAGAGAUGUGAGAUGGUUCAGAAAUUAUAUCAAAGACUUGAUCCACCACUUUAUACACUGGAUGAGUCUUACUUUCAUUCUGAUUUUCUCAGAAUUACUAAGUAUUGUCGUGACGAGCUGUCUCCUACAAUGGAAGGACUCCUUCAAAUGAUAAGCAAAGAAGAAGCUUCACAAGUAUAUUCAUUUCCUGUCUUCACUGAUGAAUUCUGCAGACAUUUUCUUGAUGAGUUGGAUCAUUUUGAGAGGUCAGAUCUUCCUAAAGGAUGUCCUAAUACAAUGAACAAUACUGGGAUACUACUAGCAGAAUUGGGAUUUGAUGAUCACUUUAUGAACAGAUUCAAGGAGCACUACCUUCAACCAUUGUCUGCUUUACUGUAUCCUGAAUGGACUGGCUCCUCUGGACUAGACUCUCACAGAUCACAUAUUGUGACAUAUGAUGCCACUGGUCCUACUGAUAGAACUGAUGUUGGACUCUCAACUCAUUUUGAUAAUGCUGAAGUAACUCUCAAUGUGUCACUGGGUAAAGAGUACAGUGAUGGGGAAUUAUACUUUGGAGAAAUGAAAGGAGUUGUUGUUUCUAAUCCUCGUCUCUAUCCUUAUUAUCACAAGAUUGGUAGAGGAGUCAUUCACAGAGGACAGCAUUUGUUGGGUAUCGUCUUCUGUGCGUAA